AUGCGUAAGCACUUCCAAAUUUGGCAGGUGUUAUACCCGAUCGGGACAGCCUGUUUCUUCCCGCUUCCCACCAUGCAACUUUCGUUAACUCCACCAAUCGAGACACGUCCAAGCCUCCUACCGAAACUCGCUGCGAAGCCGUGGGUGCGGGCUCCGGCGGAAGAACUCAUCCUCGUAAAUACGCGCAUCGUGCGGCCAGAAAGCAGCUCUGUCUUGGGCGGACUGCAAGAUAUUCACAUCAAGAAGGGUUUUGUGGCGGCUAUCAAGCCAUCGAAAGCCGAGCCAAGCCCUACCAGGGAAGGUGAUCAAGUCAAGAUCGUCGACCUUCAAGGCGCCUACGUUUGUCCCGGCUUGAUUGACUGUCAUGUCCACGUUACGGCUGUACCAGGCUCCCAAAAUAUGAUGGACAUCUUUUCAGCCUCAGAACAGGAUGUCAAUCUCCGCACCACCUAUGUUCUCAAGGAAAUGCUGCUUCGAGGAUUCACUACUGUGCGUGACACCGGCGGCGCCUCAAAGAGGAUCGCACUUGCUAUCGAGGAAGGGCUAAUCCCGGGUCCACGACUGAUUCAAUGCGGCAAAGGACUGUCCCAAACAGGCGGCCAUGGAGACUUUACUCCAAGCGAGAGCCACACUGGGUGUUGUGGAGGACAUGGCGCUGCAAAGGGCCUCGGACGUGUAGUCGACGGUGUUCCUGAUAUUCUGAAGGCGACGAGAGAAGAACUCAAGGCCGGGGCCGAUUUUAUCAAGAUCAUGGUUGGUGGCGGCGUUGCAUCGGAAACUGACACCAUCGAGAGUGUCCAGUUUACAGCAGAGGAGAUUCAAGCCGUUACUACUACAUGCAAACAGAUGGGGGGCAAGAUGGUGACCGCCCAUGCUUAUACGGUAGACUCUGUCCGUCAUGCUAUUGACAACGGCGCUACUGGCAUCGAACAUGGUAAUCUCAUUGACCGGCCAACUGCAAAUCUGAUGGCGUCGAAGGGAGUUUAUCUAACGCCUACUUUAUCCUGUUAUGGGAUCAUGAUUCGACCGCCGUUCGAAGACUUCCUCCCGCCUAGCGGAAAGAUCAAGAAUGAGCAAGUCCAAUCGCAAGGGCUUGAUGCGAUGAAGAUCGCCCACGAAGCAGGAGUGACAAUCUGCUACGGAUCAGACCUACUCAGUUCCAUGCACGCAUUGCAAACGGAGGAGUUUUCCGUCCGCGCUGGUGUCCUCCCCUCCGAUGUGGUUUUAAAGCAUGCAACAACAAACCCAGCUAAAAUGCUUGGAAAAUCAUCUCUCAUUGGGACGAUCGCUCCGGGGGCAUAUGCCGAUCUACUGGUCCUUGACGCUAAUCCGCUCGAAGACGUGACUAUAUUAGACUGGCCAGAAAAUCACUUACUCGCUGUUAUGAAGGGCGGGAGGGUCUAUCGCAGCUCGAUUGCAGAUUUGUCAGUGGAUGGACUGUAA